AUGACGGAGUCUUUGCUGAAGUUGCAGCCGCAAGUCGUCGUUGGCACCACCAGUGGUAAUGGUGUUGAGUCGCCCAGGCGCGCCUUGUCCAUUCCCGCCUCGAGGCUUGCAGAUGCCCGGAAAAAUGCCGCAAGUGACGUGCUGCGUGCGGGUGGGAGCAACGGGGUUUUAACAACAAACACGGCAGUUUCUGCUUCUGUGGUGCGAGAGUGCACCGCCACAAAGACUUCAUAUCAUUCGGUGCAACCCUUCGCUGCUGCCACACCGUUUUUGAAUGAGACAGAGUCCACAUGGCGGACGCUUGCAGUUCCAUCCGGUAGCAUCUCGCCUGCUGCGGAGAAAGCUGUUCUCGUGGAGGAGUUUAAUAAGAAAGGCACUGUUGCGUACCCAGGAGGUGCUGUUCUUCCAGCUCUCAUGAAGAACUUGUCUGAUGUGGAGCGAGUCCUUUAUACAUUGCUUCCCCCGAAGCGUACCGUGUGUAAGGAGACUGGAAAUACAAUCCUACAGUGUGUCUCUACCGAACCGUCAUCUCGUGUGGAAGUGGCGGACCUGCAUGAACGGCUAACUGAACGACUACGGCAGCGGCGUGCUCGGGAGAGUGGCAUAUGCCCAAUUAGACGUGAAGUGUAUGCAGAAGUUUUUGAUGAACUUAUUAGACAGAUAACGCUGGAGGAACCGACACGAGGCAUCCUGCUCCUGCGUAUUCGGGACGAGUUGUACCAGACAUUAGCAGCCCAUAGCUCUCUUGCAGAGCGAGCCAUGUAUUUUGCCUCAAAGCAGCGAGAAGAAGCCGGUGAAGGCAUGGAUGAACUGAAGCGGCGCAUCCAUGAAUUGGAAGAGAAGCGAUUGGAAUUAAUUGUGAGGAAAAAGGCAGUGCAGGUGCGGGAAGAGCAGAUUUUACGUGCCAUUGAACAGGAGAAUAAUACCCGCAGCAAGCUGCGACAGGAUGAAUUAGGUUACUACCGUCGAGCAAACCGCCAACUGACGCAACGCAUUAAAUCGGAGACCGAGCGUACAAAUGCACAAGGUGUGGUCAUCCCCACCAUUCUGACUGGAAAGGAAAGCAACGAAAAUGGUGACUCCCAAGCAGCCACAUAA